AUGUGGCCUCAAUGUCGACAAAGGGGCAGGAAAGAGGUUUCGGGGCCACCUAGCCACCAACAGAGACUUCACAACAACACAAUCAUCAAGACCACACCGAAUACACGAAUAUCGACCAUACGAAUCAUCUACGCACUCCUUAACCCCACCACGCUGACUUCCCAGCCUCCUUCACCUUCGCAGGCCGAACGAGCCGCUGCCCGCGGUAUCUUCGUGGAAAUCAAGCGCGAUCUUAAGGUCUAUGGCAAUCCCGCCGUCAAAUCCCUCGUGAAUUGUUACGAAGCAAAUCUCGCAAAGGAUCAGGAGCUGAUCAACCUGAUUGACACCAUUGAGCAGUCUGUGGGCACCGAGCCAACCCUUCCAAACCUUCCAACCCCCCAUAAUUACCAAGUCAGCCACUUCUUCUCCGCAAUCAAGCACAACAACCCUGAACACUGCACACAGCGGACGAGUCUCGCUCGAAGAGGCCGGCCUACCCGAGUGGAAGAUUCUGCUGUUGGACUUAUACGACCACCCAACCAGCACCUCGAUAGGAUGAUUGCCAACCAGCAUCAAGGUCCAGAGCGAGAUAUUGACAAUGCAACGAGCAUUGAGCAGCUGAACGAGCAGGCGAUCCUUCCUGUCAGUGAUUCCUUCAAGCACACGACCAAGCCAAAAGAGCUCGCGCCCACUACGAUCACAGAUCACAGUCUGGCCGCCGGCCUGAGCACCUUCUCACUUCACCUCGGCCAGCAGGCCUACACCACUGGCGACUAUGUCCGAGCCCUGAAGCUGGCCGACAAGUACCUCGCCGACGACACUGUCUACGACACCACUUAUUGGCGAACAACAUGUCCGGUAGCGGAGGCCGCAGUCUUCGACAAGGUAUACGGCAGAAUGCACAUGACGAGUACAGAAGAGGCUAUGGCCAACGACUCAGUCAUGCCGUGUUGGGGCGGCCUACGGGCUGUUUCCAUAGCCGUCAUUGCUGCUGCGGCCACGUUGUGGGGAGUUGCGGUGGAAGGAGCCAGUAGGAGGGGAACAAAGAAAUAA